AUGGGUUCCGUUCCCGCAAUCUGCCGACGGUUCGCGCCGCUUAAUCCGACGACAGGAUCGACUCUGCCGCAGCUGAGAGGGAUCGUAUUCGACGUAGAUGGGACGUUAUGUCUCCCCCAAAAUUACAUGUUCUCUGAGAUGCGAGAAUCCCUCGGUAUAUCGAAAAACAUCGACAUCCUGCACCACAUCCAACAACUCCCCACGGCGGAGGAACGAGUCAUCGCGGCGGAGAAAAUCCGCUCCAUCGAGCGUCGAGCCAUGCAGCAUCAGCAGCCGCAGCCGGGUCUGAUUGAAUUAAUGGAUUAUCUUCAGACUCGAGGGGUUCCAACACCCGUUACUCGCCUCCUCGAAACCUUUCUCCCCAAACAUGUCUUCCUGCCUAUCAUCACGCGCGAAACCCCAGGGUUGCUGCCCAAGCCGGAUCCCGCGGGGAUUCUGCAUAUUGCGCACGAAUGGGGGUUAGGGAAUCGGGGGGAGAGUCUUAUCAUGGUAGGAGAUAGCAUCGACGAUAUGACAGCCGGUCAUACCGCCGGCGCAGCCACAGUCUUACUUGUCAACGACCAUAAUAGCCAUCUCAAGGAACAUGCGCAUACCGAUCUAUGGAUCGAGAGACUCGAUGAAUUGGUGGGGAUUCUGGAGACGGGGUUUGUGGGACAGGCUGUUGAUAGACAGAUUGAUUGA